AUGUUCAUUCCCUUUUUUCUCCUCUUUUCAUUCCUUUAUUAUCCUUUCAUUCAUUUCCUUCUUUCCCUACCAUUUUUCCUUCUUCUCUCUCCCUCUUUCUUUCUUACUUAUUUCAUUACUUUAUUUCGUCUCCGCAUAUUUCUUUCACUCUCUCACAUCAUUUUCUUUCUUUUCUGUCAUUUCUUUGUCUUUCCAAUACUUUCUUUUACUUCGUUUCAUGAUUCUUCCUCAAUUUGUUCUUCUCUCUUCCUUCAUUUCCUUCUUCCGUCUCUCUUCAUUCCCUUCUUCUCCCUCCCUUUAUUCCUUUCUUCACCCUCCCUUUAUUCCUUUCUUCUCCCUUCUUUUAUUUCCUUUUCCGUCUGUUUUUAUUCCCAUCUUCUCCAUCCGUUAAUUUUGUUCUUUUCUCUUCCUUCAUUUUCUUUCUUCCGUCUCAUACAUCAUUUCCUUCUUCUCCCUCUAUUCAUUCCAUUUUUCUCCCUCCUUUCAUUCUUUUCUCCUCCCUUCCUUCAUUUCCUUCUUCUGUCUCUCUUAAUAACCUUCGUCUCCUUUCCAUUAUUCCUUUCUUCUACCUUCCUUCAUUUUCUUUUUCUGUCUCGCUUAAUUCACUUCUUCUCCCUUCCUUCCUUUUUCUUCUUCCGUAUCUCUUCAUUCACUUAUUUUCCUUUAAUUCCUUUCUUCUGCCCUUACGUCAUUUCCAUCUUCUGUCUCGAUUCAUUCACUUCCUAUAUCUUCAUUCAUUUCCUCAUUCCUCUUCCAUUUUUGGUUCUUCUCUUUCACUUCCUUCCCUCCUUCUUCUUCCCUUCAUUCCUUUCUUCUUCCUUCUUUCAUUUCCUUUUUACGUCCAUGUUCAUUCCCUUUUUCUCCUCUUUUCAUUCCUUUAUUCGUUUCCUUCUUUCCCUACCAUUUUUCUUUCUUUUCACUCCCCCUUUCUUUCUUAUUUUUUUCAUUUAUUUAUUUCGUCUCCCCGUAUUUCUUUCACUCUCUCGCAUCUUUUUCUUUCUUUUCUCGGCAUUUUCUUCUCCCUUCUUUAAUCUCUCUCUCUCUCUCUCUUCCACUCUUUCUUCAACUUCCCAUCAAUUUCUUCUUUCUCCCUCCUUUCUUUCACUCUCACUUCCGUUCCUACUCUCCCUUCAUUUUAUUUCACCUACUCUUCCUUUUUUCUUUCUCUCUCAUUUUCUUUGUUUUCUCCAUUUGUAUUACACUCCCUGCCUUUCCUUCUUACUCUUCACUUCCUUUCUUUCUUACCUAUCUCUCCUUCUUCUUCUCUAUCCUCUUGAGGUUAUUUCAUUUUAUCUUUAG